GGCCCGGCGCCCCUGGUGGCCCCGCCGCGCCGUCACGGCGCCUCCGCUGCUGCCCCUUCGCCCCCGCCCCGGGGUUCCCGGGCUGGGCCGAUCCUAGUGGUGGCCCCGGGACCGCCGGUGACCACGGCCACGUCUGCCCCGGUCAACCUGGUGGUCCCCGGGGAAGCUCAGCCCGCCUGGGUUCCAGGAUCGGCACCGACCACCACGGCCACGGCGGCGGCGACAGAGGCGGCGGCGGCAGAGGCGGCGGCGGCGGGCAGCACGGUGGUGGUGCUCACCCUGGAGGCCUCAGCCGAAGCCGCCAAGACGCAAGAGUCCCCUGCACCGGCGGCGGCAGAGGCAGGAGCAGAGCCGGCGGUCGCCUUGGCUUCGGGGGCCGACGCUCCGAAGACGGAAGAGGCUCGAGCCUCGCCCACCCCAGGACCAGGGACCCCCACUCGGACCCCUUCCAGAACGGCGCCUGGAGCCCUGACCUCCAUGGGUUCGGACUCGGAGAUAAAUGGGCUGGCCCUGCGCAAGACGGACAAGUAUGGUUUCCUUGGGGGCAGCCAGUACUCAGGCAGCCUAGAGAGCUCUAUUCCUGUGGAUGUGGCUCGGCAGAGGGAGCUCAAAUGGCUGGAAAUGUUCAGUAACUGGGAUAAGUGGCUGUCACGGCGUUUCCAGAAGGUAAAACUUCGCUGCCGGAAAGGGAUCCCCUCAUCUCUCAGAGCCAAGGCCUGGCAGUACCUGUCUAAUAGCAAGGAACUUUUGGAGCAGAACCCGGGCAAGUUUGAGGAGCUGGAACGGGCCCCUGGGGACCCCAAGUGGCUGGAUGUGAUUGAGAAGGACUUGCAUCGCCAAUUCCCUUUCCAUGAAAUGUUUGCUGCUCGAGGAGGGCAUGGGCAACAGGACCUGUACCGCAUCCUGAAGGCCUACACCAUCUACAGGCCUGAUGAGGGUUACUGCCAGGCCCAGGCCCCCGUGGCUGCAGUCCUGCUCAUGCACAUGCCUGCUGAGCAAGCCUUCUGGUGCCUGGUACAGAUCUGCGACAAGUACCUCCCAGGUUACUACAGUGCGGGGCUGGAGGCCAUUCAGUUGGACGGAGAAAUCUUUUUUGCGCUCCUGCGCCGGGCUUCCCCGCUGGCACAUCGGCAUCUCCGGCGGCAGCGCAUUGACCCCGUGCUCUACAUGACAGAAUGGUUCAUGUGCAUCUUUGCCCGCACCCUCCCCUGGGCUUCAGUGCUGCGUGUCUGGGACAUGUUUUUCUGUGAAGGCGUUAAGAUCAUCUUCCGAGUGGCUCUGGUCUUGCUGAGACACACUUUGGGUACUGUGGAGAAGCUUCGUUCCUGUCAAGGCAUGUAUGAGACCAUGGAGCAGCUUCGAAACCUGCCACAACAGUGCAUGCAGGAGGACUUCCUGGUGCAUGAGGUAACCAACCUCCCAGUGACAGAAACAUUGAUUGAGCGAGAGAAUGCAGCCCAGCUGAAGAAGUGGCGGGAGACCAGGGGAGAGCUACAGUACCGGCCCUCACGGCGACUGCACGGCUCCCGAGCCAUCCACGAGGAGCGCAGGCGGCAGCAGCCACCCCUGGGCCCUUCCUCCAGCCUCCUCAGCCUCCCUAGUCUUAAGAGCAGAGGCUCCCGUGCAGCUGGAGGGGCUCCUUCCCCACCACCUCCUGUCCGCAGGGCGAGUGCCGGCCCCGUCCCUGGGGCCGUCGUCACUGCUGAGGGACUGCAUCCGUCACUUCCUUCGCCCACUGGCAACAGCACCCCACUAGGCACCAGCAAGGAGGCACGGCGGCAGGAGAAAGAGCGGCAGAAACAGGAGAAAGAGCGAGAGAAGGAGCGGCAGCGUCAGGAGAAGGAGCGGCAGAAGUGGGAAAAGGAGCAGGAGAAGGAGCAGCAGAAGCAGGAGAAGGAGCGGCAGAAACAGGAGAAGAAGGGCCGGAAACUUUCCCUGCGUCGAAAGGCAGAUGGCCCUCCUGCACCCCAUGAUGGUGGGGACAGGUCUGAGUCUGCGUCUGAAGCCCGGCAGGAUGCUUACUUCUGACCUCUUGCUGGGUCGGGAUGACAUGGCCUGGCAGGGGUGUUCUCCCAGCUCCCUUGGCAGGCUCUUCCUUUUUCUGAGGAAAGUGGCUUGAUUCCCCCUGACUCCUUGCCAGCUGCUGAUCCUACAUGGCCAGGACAGCCACAGUGCAUGGGACAGCUAUAUUUCCUAGGGUAGCAGUGACCAAGUCUGGAGACUCUUCGUCCACUUAGGCCCAGCUUGGGUCUCUGUCAGGCCUACGAAUUCCUUCUGGGGUGCUGCCUUCAUUUGCCGUUUGUCACAGGGCUGACUCUUGGCAAUGACAGUUAGCAGUUGCGGAUUCUUACACUCCAGUGGCUUCCCUUAGAUGGUGGAGCUAGGUUCCUUUUCCUGUCUUGGGGCCCUGCCUGUCACCCCACUGUCUUUCUGGGUGCCAAGGCUGUUUUCUCUCUCCUGGAUAUCCUUGUGUUGUAAUUAUGUACAGAAGGUCAGGUUGGCCUGGGGUGGAGUGCUCUGACCUGUGUUCCACAGUGCUCCAGUUUAUUUAAGGGGACAUGCAAGGAAAUGUCCUCCAUUUCCUUUCCACCUGUGUCCUGCUCUCCUCCUAAUCCACUUGCUUUGUAUGCUCAGGCCUCUCUGCUGCCUCAUCAGGAAGCCUGUCUCAUUUUGUCCCUUUCCAGCCAUCAAGCCCCUCUCUGAGUAAGGGUCUUCCCUUGAGUCCAGGGGUGGAACCCAAUGUUUACAUUCUCUUCUGUCUUGGUCCCAUCCCAGUGGUGGUUUUGUGGCGCUUUGAGGAACCGGAAAAAGAACCUGCUGUUAUACCUGGAA